AUGCUAGUCGUCGUCGAGUUUGGUGAUGACGUCGCCAACGAGAAGGUGUACAACGUCACCAAGUACCUGGACGCCCACCCCGGCGGUGCCGAGAUUGUGCUAGACUUGGUGGCCAAGUUAGCAACGACGCCUUUGAAGCCGUCGAACACGCGUUGCACACCCGCAAAAUGUUACAACGUACUUGAUCGGCACGUUGAAGAAGCCGCGCAGAUGUCGGUGAACAAGGCCAGUCCGUCCAGCGGCGAAACGUGCUUCUGGACGUGUCGGUGA